AGGAGGAGGAGGGACGUCCCCUCGGGGCGCGAGGCGGCGGCGGCAGCAGCGGCAGCAGCAGCAGCAUGUCCGAGAAAAUGUCCAGUUUCCUCUACAUCGGGGACAUCGUGUCCCUGUACGCCGAGGGCUCGGUCAACGGCUUCAUCAGCACGCUGGGGUUAGUGGAUGACAGAUGUGUGGUACAUCCAGAGGCAGGGGAUCUUGCCAACCCUCCCAAGAAGUUCAGAGACUGCCUUUUCAAGGUGUGUCCCAUGAAUCGAUAUUCUGCCCAGAAGCAGUAUUGGAAAGCGAAGCAAGCCAAACAAGGAAACCACACAGAGGCUGCCUUGCUGAAGAAGCUCCAGCAUGCUGCAGAGCUGGAACAAAAACAGAAUGAAUCAGAGAAUAAGAAGCUGUUGGGAGAAAUUGUGAAAUACAGUAAUGUUAUACAACUACUACAUAUAAAAAGCAACAAAUAUCUGACUGUCAACAAGAGAUUGCCUGCAUUACUGGAGAAGAAUGCCAUGCGAGUGUCUUUGGAUGCUGCAGGAAAUGAAGGAUCCUGGUUUUAUAUUCAUCCCUUCUGGAAGCUGCGAAGUGAGGGUGACAAUAUCGUUGUAGGAGAUAAGGUCGUUCUGAUGCCUGUGAAUGCGGGACAGCCGCUGCAUGCCAGCAACAUAGAACUUCUGGACAACCCAGGAUGCAAGGAGGUGAAUGCUGUUAAUUGCAAUACCAGCUGGAAAAUCACUUUAUUCAUGAAAUUUAGUUCCUAUAGAGAGGAUGUAUUAAAAGGAGGUGAUGUUGUUAGAUUAUUUCAUGCAGAACAAGAAAAGUUUCUGACUUGUGACGAAUAUGAGAAAAAACAGCACAUCUUCCUUCGCACGACGUUGCGUCAAUCAGCAACUUCUGCUACGAGUUCUAAAGCACUCUGGGAAAUCGAGGUGGUUCAUCAUGACCCGUGCCGUGGGGGUGCAGGACAAUGGAACAGUCUCUUCAGAUUUAAACACCUUGCAACUGGAAACUAUUUAGCUGCAGAGCUUAAUCCUGAUUAUCGAGAUGCCCAAAAUGAAGGGAAAAAUCAGAGAGAUGGAGACCUUCCAACUUCAAAGAAAAAGCGCCAGGCAGGAGAGAAGAUCAUGUAUACGCUCGUCUCGGUCCCGCAUGGGAAUGACAUCGCGUCUCUUUUUGAGCUGGAUGCCACCACUCUUCAGAGAGCUGACUGCUUAGUUCCACGAAACUCCUAUGUUCGGCUAAGGCACUUGUGCACCAACACGUGGGUCACCAGUACCAGCAUCCCCAUAGACACAGAUGAAGAGAGGCCUGUGAUGCUGAAGAUUGGAACCUGCCAAACAAAAGAAGAUAAAGAAGCUUUUGCCAUUGUGUCUGUCCCACUCUCUGAGGUCCGAGAUUUGGACUUUGCCAAUGAUGCAAAUAAAGUGCUAGCGACCACGGUGAAAAAGCUGGAAAAUGGCACAAUAACGCAGAACGAAAGGAGGUUUGUAACCAAAUUAUUGGAAGACCUCAUCUUCUUUGUCGCUGACGUACCUAAUAAUGGGCAAGAAGUCCUGGAUGUGGUUAUCACCAAGCCAAACCGAGAGCGUCAAAAACUAACGAGAGAACAAAACAUCUUGGCACAGGUGUUUGGUAUUCUGAAAGCGCCCUUCAAGGAGAAAGCAGGAGAGGGCCCCAUGCUGCGGCUGGAGGAUCUGGGGGACCAGCGCUAUGCACCCUACAAGUACAUGCUGCGGCUCUGCUACCGGGUGCUGCGACACUCACAGCAGGACUACCGGAAAAACCAGGAGUACAUCGCUAAGAAUUUCUGUGUCAUGCAGUCCCAGAUUGGCUAUGACAUUUUGGCAGAAGACACCAUCACGGCUUUGUUGCACAACAACAGAAAGCUACUAGAGAAACACAUCACAGCAAAAGAAAUAGAAACAUUUGUCAGCUUACUCAGGAGGAAUCGGGAGCCAAGAUUCUUGGAUUAUUUGUCCGAUCUGUGUGUGUCUAAUACCACUGCCAUCCCUGUCACUCAAGAGCUCAUCUGUAAAUUUAUGUUGAGUCCCGGCAAUGCCGACAUCCUCAUCCAAACUAAGCUGGUCUCCAUGCAAGUAGAAAACCCCAUGGAGAGCUCCUUCCUUUCGGAGGACAUGGAUGAUGAGGAGGUUUGGCUCUACUGGAUCGACAGCAACAAGGAACCUCACGGCAAGGCUAUCAGGCAUCUGGCUCAAGAAGCCAAAGAAGGCACCAAAGCUGACUUGGAAGUUCUUACCUAUUACAGGUACCAGCUAAACCUCUUUGCAAGAAUGUGCUUGGAUCGCCAGUACCUGGCCAUCAACCAGAUCUCUACACAGCUCUCUGUGGACCUGAUCCUGCGCUGUGUGUCAGACGAGAGUCUGCCCUUUGACCUGCGUGCAUCUUUUUGUCGUCUCAUGCUCCACAUGCAUGUGGACCGGGAUCCCCAGGAGUCUGUGGUGCCCGUUCGUUACGCCAGGCUCUGGACAGAAAUCCCCACGAAGAUCACAAUUCACGAAUAUAAUUCUAUCACAGACACUUCCAGAAAUGACAUGAAGAGGAAAUUCGCACUGACAAUGGAAUUUGUUGAAGAAUACUUGAAAGAAGUUGUAAAUCAGCCCUUUCCUUUUGGAGAUAAAGAGAAAAACAAACUGACAUUUGAGGUGGUUCAUCUGGCUCGAAAUCUCAUCUACUUUGGGUUUUAUAGUUUCAGCGAGUUGCUGAGGCUGACGAGGACUCUGCUGGCCAUCCUCGAUAUUGUGCAGGCUCCCAUGUCAUCGUAUUUUGAAAGAUUAAGUAAAUUCCAAGACGGAGGAAACAACGUCAUGAGAACCAUCCACGGGGUGGGCGAGAUGAUGACGCAGAUGGUGCUCAGCCGCGGCUCCCUGUUCCCCGCCAGCAGCGUGCCCGACGUGCAGCCCAGCGCCCACCCCAGCAAGCAGGCGAGCCACGCCGAGCACGAGGACGUCACUGUGAUGGACACCAAGCUGAAGAUCAUUGAGAUUCUACAGUUCAUCCUGAGUGUCAGGCUCGAUUAUAGGAUCUCAUACAUGCUGUCCAUAUACAAGAAGGAGUUCGGUGAGAACAACGACGCUGCCGAGACGUCUGCCAAUGGCUCCCCAGAUACUUUGGUGCCAGCAGCUAUUGUUCCUGAUAUAGAUGAAAUCGCGGCUCAGGCAGAGACUAUGUUUGCUGGAAGAAAGGAAAAAAAUCCAGUCCAACUUGAUGAUGAAGGAGGCAGGACGUUUCUGCGGGUCCUCAUCCAUCUGAUUAUGCAUGACUACGCCCCGUUGCUGUCCGGGGCGCUGCAGCUGCUGUUCAAGCAUUUUAGCCAGAGAGCGGAAGUGUUACAGGCAUUUAAACAGGUGCAGUUACUGGUGUCCAAUCAAGAUGUAGAUAACUACAAGCAAAUCAAGGCAGAUCUGGACCAACUUCGACUGACCGUGGAGAAAUCUGAGCUGUGGGUGGAGAAGAACAGUAGCUACGAGAAUGGGGAGAUGGGUGAAAACCAAGUAAAAGGUGGUGAAGAGCCGAAUGAGGAAUCAAACAUUUUAAGUCCAGUACAAGACGGAACAAAGUCACCCCAGAUCGACAGCAAUAAGAGCAACAACUACCGGAUUGUGAAGGAGAUUUUGAUUAGGUUGAGUAAACUUUGUGUGCAGAAUAAAAAGUGCCGGAACCAACACCAGCGGCUGCUGAAAAACAUGGGGGCCCAUUCUGUGGUGUUGGACCUUCUGCAGAUCCCCUACGAAAAGACCGAUGAGAAGAUGAAUGACGUCAUGAAUCUGGCCCACACAUUCCUCCAGAAUUUUUGUCGGGGAAAUCCACAGAAUCAAGUUCUCCUUCACAAACAUCUGAAUUUGUUCUUAAAUCCUGGUCUCCUUGAAGCGGAGACCAUGCGGCACAUCUUCAUGAACAAUUACCAUCUGUGCAACGAGAUCAGCGAGAGGGUGGUGCAGCAUUUUGUGCACUGCAUCGAGACGCACGGCCGCCACGUGGAGUACCUCAGGUUUCUGCAGACAAUUGUGAAAGCAGAUGGUAAAUACGUGAAGAAGUGCCAGGAUAUGGUAAUGACGGAGUUGAUAAAUGGGGGUGAAGAUGUGUUGAUAUUCUACAAUGACAGAGCAUCGUUUCCAAUCCUUCUCCAAAUGAUGUGUUCAGAGAGAGACCGAGGGGAUGACGGUGGCCCCUUGGCCUACCACAUCACCCUGGUGGAGUUGCUGGCGGCAUGCACAGAAGGGAAAAAUGUGUACACGGAGAUCAAGUGCAAUUCCCUUCUGCCCCUGGAUGACAUAGUGAGGGUGGUGACCCAUGAUGACUGCAUCCCUGAGGUGAAAAUCGCGUAUGUGAACUUCGUCAAUCACUGCUACGUUGACACGGAAGUGGAAAUGAAAGAAAUCUACACUAGCAACCACAUUUGGAAACUAUUUGAGAACUUCCUGGUGGAUAUGGCAAGGGUUUGCAACACAACUACUGACAGGAAACACGCAGACAUCUCCUUGGAGAAGUGUGUUACUGAGUCUGUCAUGAGCAUCGUGAGCGGCUUCUUCAAUUCUCCUUUUUCAGACAACAGUACAAGCCUCCAGACACACCAGCCAGUUUUCAUUCAGCUGCUACAGUCGGCCUUCAGAAUUUACAACUGCACCUGGCCAAAUCCAGCCCAGAAAGCUUCUGUGGAAUCCUGUAUCAGAACGCUGGCUGAAGUGGCAAAAAAUCGUGGAAUAGCCAUUCCAGUGGAUUUGGACAGUCAAGUCAAUACACUUUUCAUGAAGAGCCACUCAAAUAUGGUCCAGAGAGCUGCAAUGGGCUGGAGGCUUUCGGCCCGCUCUGGACCACGCUUUAAAGAAGCUCUUGGAGGGCCUGCUUGGGAUUAUAGGAAUAUCAUCGAAAAGUUACAGGAUGUAGUGGCCUCCUUGGAGCAGCAGUUCAGCCCAAUGAUGCAGGCUGAGUUCUCUGUGUUGGUGGAUGUGCUGUACAGUCCAGAGCUGCUCUUCCCCGAGGGAAGCGAUGCCAGAAUAAGAUGCGGAGCUUUCAUGUCCAAGUUGAUUAAUCAUACAAAGAAACUCAUGGAGAAAGAAGAAAAGCUGUGCAUCAAAAUUCUUCAGACACUCCGAGAAAUGCUGGAGAAAAAAGACAGCUUUGUGGAAGAGGGUAGCACAUUAAGGAAAAUCCUCCUGAACCGAUAUUUCAAAGGUGACUAUGGAGUCGGUAUGAAUGGGCAUCUAUCGGGAACCUACUCCAAAACCGUCCAAGGUGGAGGGACCUUUUCUGGCCAAGAUGCCGAUAAGAUGGGGUCGUCACUUUCGGACAUCCAGUGCCUAUUGGACAAGGAGGGCGCCUCAGAGCUUGUCAUCGAUGUUAUCGUCAACACCAAAAACGACCGGAUAUUUUCCGAAGGCAUCUUCCUCGGCAUUGCCCUGCUCGAAGGAGGCAAUUCGCAAACUCAGUAUUCUUUCUACCAGCAGUUGCAUGAACAAAAAAAGUCAGAGAAAUUCUUCAAAGUUCUCUAUGACCGGAUGAAGGUUGCUCAGAAAGAGAUAAGGUCGACGGUGACAGUGAAUACCAUAGACUUAGGGAGCAAAAAGAGGGAGGAUGAUAACGAGUUGAUGACAUCUGGUCCACGAGUGAGAGUAAGAGAUUCCACACUACAUUUAAAAGAGGGAAUGAAAGGGCAAUUAACAGAGGCUUCCACAGCAACCUCCAAAGCAUACUGUGUAUACAGAAGGGAGAUGGACCCAGAAAUAGACAUUAUGUGCCCAGGACCGGAAGCCGGAAGUGCUGAGGAAAAGUCAGCGGAGGAAGUCACAAUGAGCCCUGCGAUCGUCAUCAUGCAGCCCAUCCUGAGGUUCCUGCAGUUACUGUGUGAGAAUCACAACCGGGAACUGCAGAACUUCUUGAGGAAUCAAAACAACAAAACAAAUUAUAACCUUGUCUGUGAGACGCUCCAGUUUUUGGACUGCAUUUGCGGGAGCACGACAGGUGGCCUGGGCCUGCUGGGGCUCUAUAUCAAUGAGAAGAACGUGGCGCUGGUCAACCAGACCCUGGAGAGCUUGACGGAGUAUUGCCAGGGCCCAUGCCAUGAAAAUCAGACCUGUAUUGCUACUCAUGAAUCAAAUGGGAUUGAUAUUAUAAUUGCACUGAUUUUAAGUGAUAUCAACCCCCUUGGUAAAUACCGAAUGGACCUGGUGCUUCAACUAAAGAACAAUGCCUCCAAGCUCUUGCUGGCUAUCAUGGAGAGCAGACACGACAGUGAGAAUGCCGAGAGAAUUCUUUUCAACAUGAGACCCAAGGAGCUGGUGGAUGUGAUGAAGAACGCCUACAACCAGGGACUGGAGUGUGAUCACGGGGAGGAGGAGGGUGGAGAUGAUGGGGUUUCCCCCAAGGAUGUGGGACACAACAUCUAUAUUCUGGCCCAUCAGUUGGCCCGACACAACAAACUGCUGCAACAGAUGCUCAAACCAGGAUCCGAUCCAGAAGAAGGAGAUGAAGCGCUGAGGUAUUACGCCAACCACACUGCGCAGAUCGAGAUUGUUCGACAUGACAGGACAAUGGAACAAAUAGUCUUUCCUGUUCCCAAUAUAUGUGAAUUCCUCACGCGAGAAUCCAAGUGCCGUGUGUUUAACACAACAGAAAGGGAUGAACAAGGAAGUAAAGUGAAUGACUUCUUCCAGCAAACAGAAGAUCUCUACAAUGAAAUGAAGUGGCAGAGGAAAAUCAGGAACAACCCUGCUCUGUUCUGGUUCUCGAGGCACAUCUCCCUCUGGGGCAGCAUCUCCUUCAACCUAGCAGUGUUCAUCAAUCUUGCCGUGGCCCUCUUCUACCCAUUUGGGGACGAUGGAGAUGAAGGUACACUGUCUCCGCUGUUCUCGGUCCUUCUUUGGGUAGCAGUAGCCGUCUGCACCUCUGUGCUGUUUUUCUUCUCCAAGCCUGUGGGCAUCCGACCGUUUCUUGUGUCCGUGAUGCUCAGAUCUAUAUAUACGAUAGGUCUUGGGCCUACAUUAAUACUUCUUGGUGCAGCAAACCUUUGCAAUAAAAUAGUGUUUCUGGUGAGUUUCGUGGGGAAUCGCGGCACGUUCACCCGGGGUUACCGAGCCGUCAUCCUGGACAUGGCCUUUCUCUACCACGUUGCCUAUGUCCUGGUCUGCAUGCUGGGUCUGUUUGUUCACGAAUUCUUCUAUAGCUUCCUGCUUUUUGAUUUGGUGUACAGAGAGGAGACUCUGCUCAACGUCAUUAAAAGUGUCACCCGGAAUGGCCGCUCCAUUAUUCUGACUGCAGUCCUAGCUCUCAUUCUCGUUUACCUGUUUUCCAUCAUCGGCUUCCUGUUUUUGAAGGACGACUUCACUAUGGAAGUGGAUAGACUGAAAAACAGAACCCCGGUGGCAGGGAACUAUGACGUUCACACCGUGACCUUGGUGCCCGUGAUGGAAACAUGUAUGAAAGAGAACUGCUCGUCCACUGUGCCGGCAGCUCCCAACAAAGAUUUCCUGUGUUUUGCAGGGCUUGAAAGGGACAAGUUUGACAACAAAACUGUUUCCUUUGAAGAGCACAUUAAGUCAGAGCACAGCAUGUGGCAUUAUUUGUACUUCAUUGUCCUGGUGAAAGUUAAAGACCCAACAGAAUACACUGGCCCUGAGAGUUACGUGGCUCAAAUGAUUGUGGAAAAGAAUUUGGACUGGUUUCCUCGGAUGCGAGCCAUGUCUCUUGUUAGCAAUGAAAGUGACAGUGAGCAAAACGAGAUCCGGAACCUGCAGGAGAAGCUGGAAUCCACCAUGAGUUUGGUCAAACAGCUGUCAGGUCAGCUAGCGGAGCUAAAGGAGCAGAUGACAGAACAAAGGAAGAAUAAGCAGAGACUGGGCUUCCUCGGAUCAAACACUCCCCAUGUGAAUCAUCACAUGCCACCGCACUGAUACCAUGGGGGGAAGCCGUGACUGGCCUUUCAUCACUGCCUGAUCACUGAAUAAAGGACCGAGAUGGAGGGACGUGAACAGUGCCUAUUGUGGAAAAGUUAAAAACAACCAAGUGUCAAGACGUCGAGUGGCUCAGCUCUGAGGACAAUCAGGGACUGUGUUUUCGUGGUUGAGAACCCCCAUGCUAAAAAACAGCGGCUCGAAAGCACGCGGCACAUACUCUCAGUGCACCAGGAAGUCACCUGCUCACAGGGGCGGAGGAGAGGGCAAGCUGCUGUGUGGAAAGCCAGGGCCGUGCGAGGUGACUUCUUCGAUGGGAGGGCUCAGCCUCCCCCUCCGCGCUGACUGCAACCUUUGUUAUGGCUGGUUGGGGUUUCUUUCUUUUAAUUGUGGUGCAUGGGUCAGUGAUACAGGAAGUCGAACUGUGGUAGUUAUAUUUUAUGAAGGAAAAUACUGAAAAAUUCAGAAUGAGAGUUGGAAAGAAAAAUGUCAAUGCCUCCAAACUGUAGCUGUCACUAAGCCAUUUCUUUAUUUAUAAGGUAAGACACAACGGACUUACAGCGCUAGGAACUUCAUGCUUCGGAGCUUAUGCCCCUCGUGCUGACAGGAUAACUGGAAUGUGAGCGCUUCUCUAUAUCUCAGAUAGGCUCUGUCAGUGUGCAGAGGCCUUUCCUAAGAAAAGAAAAUUUUCACAGAACUUUUGUUAAGAAAAUGUUUUAACUCGUGUAUAGGCUAAGACUGUAAGAUUUGUGAAAGAGGAACUUGGCAGUAAGCCGCAGGGAUGUGUUUUUGGAGAACGUAUAUGUGCUAUUAAAAUAUUCUGAGAUGAAUAAAUAAAAAUGUUUAAAGGUGACAGGAAAUACUGAGAAAUUUAUAAUGGUGGCCUUGCCUUUUAUAGACAUGGAGUAAAGGCAGUUUGAUUCCUGUUUGUUAUCCUUAAAGAAUGCAGUGUUUCUAUUUAUUCUAUUUCUGCAGUUAGGGGGAAAAAAUCUAAGACAUCUAUUAAAUACAUAAGAAAUUGGAGCAUUUCAAUUGCAUGUUUAGAACUUUAACAGAAUCAUCUUUUCAAAAGGUAGAAAGAUCAUCGUUGCUUCCUGCAAUUAUUUUUAUGUCAAAUGAUGCAAUCAGAACUUAUUGAGGGAGAAAAAGUAACCUGAUGUGGCCAGAUUAUUUUUAGAGGCUGCACAUUGGGGACAUUAAAGCAAAAUAUAGAUAAUGAAAGUAUUGGGAGAACUGCUGCGUGGCAAGGGACAAAGGCCCCUGACGCUAGACUCUCAGAGAGGCUUUGCUGUUGACCCGGUGGUCCCCAGAGCCUUUAAACUCUCAGUUAUGACGGCCCAGGUCUAAGGCCAGGUAGCACUUGCUAUAGCAAUGUUUGCCUCUGUAUCAUUCUCAUGUACUUUUAGCUGUUGGCUCCCAGGGGACAGGGGACCCCAGAUAAUGAAAUGCAUCAAACGCAAAGGAAAUCUGAGCUAGCACUUUCUGACAGUGUUACCAUAUACUUAAAGCCCAGCUGCGAACUUUUGAGCAGCGCCUAUUUGAGCUAUAGCUACUGUUUGGGAUUUCCACCCAUUUCCAUUGCAAACUAAGAAUUCCUCACUCAGACACAGUUAUGUUUUCCUGACCAGUAGUUGGAGGACCCUGAUAUCUGUGGUCCAGAGACACUAAGGAAUUGUGACAUAUCUGCCAACAGUACAGAGCUCUGUACCUAGUGAGCAUUCGAUAUGUAUGUGAGGAACACAGCUGUCACUUAGUCACCCUUAUAAUGAAUUCAUUAUAAAAACUUUAAAAUAGAUCACUUUUUCUAGCGACUUCACCACAAUUGGACUAACAUAGACAUUUUUAAAAUCCCAGGUCAUCAUUGCUGUUAACAGUAUUAAGGUAAAAAGCACCCUUUAAAGUAUUUGAGGGGCUGGGGAGAUAGCUCAGCGGCUUAAACGCCUGGCUGGUAAGCACAAGGUCCUGAGUUCAAUCCCCAGUACUGCAAAAUAAAUAAACAAAUAAGUAAAUAAUGUUUUUGAAUCAGGCAAUCUUGGGCAGCAGGGAAAGAAGAAAAAUGUGACCAAUACUGAGGCCAUUCCACAAUGGAAUGCUGUCUCAGUUUCAGCACAAAAUAAAAUACCUCUGGUGUCUAGUCUGAAAGUCAAGACAAUGAAUUAACUUGUACAGAUGUGAUCAGUGUGACUGUCAGAUGGUGACCCCUGAGGCCUCUCUUGAUGCUGUGAUAGUUCAUUUUAUAGGGAAUAAGUUGCUGAGUCUAUAACUGCCAUCUAGAAAUGACUGAACAUCUCCAAGCUUCGCGUAGGCCGCCCCACUACUUCACUAUUUCUUCAAUUGUAACUAUCUGAAAGGGACUGUGACUGACAGGCCUCCUGUUUCAUCAGAAUUUAAGAAGUUCUCAGUUGUGCUUUUAGUGCCUCUUUCCUUUCUGCCCACAUGCUUAGUUUAUAAAGCCAAAUAAAAAACAAGCCAGAAAGGCCUUUCCCACGACAUUGAAUUCAUGAAGGAGAAGAGAAGAGGAAAAUUUGGUAUGAGUUCAUACUUCUUAGGGACACUUUUGUCCAUGUAACAGGACCUGGGUGAGGACCAAUGGCAUCUUCAUAUUUAUAUAAUGAUGACUAUAAUUACCUUGGAUGUUAAGGGAGUUUUUAAAUAUUUAGUUGUGAAAAUCCCUAUUGGUUUAAAAGUCUGCUUCUACUGAAUACCAUUUAUCAUUUCAAAAAGGUUUUGUUCCUGUGUGUUCCAUUUUGAGGCUCAAGAGUUAAUGCAAGUACUUUUUUUUUUUUUUUGAUGAAUAUAUCAGCCAGGUGUGAUGACACAAGCCUGCAAUCCUGGAACUUGGGAGA